AUGGCAGUGGUGCAGGGAACGGUUUGGGCCGCGCUGCUCUGGCCCCUCAUUAUGACGGCGAGCAUGCCGCUGGACUGUAAGGACGAGCAGGGCAGCCUCUCGCGCUGCCUGUCAAUCUCCCAGGAGAAACUCCUCGACAGGGUCAUCCAGCACGCUGAGCUCAUCUACCGCGUUUCAGAGGAAGCCUGCACCAUGUUUGAGGAAAUGUUUGUCCCGUUUCCGUUUCGCCCUCAAAUGAACCAGGUGGGCUACGCAUGCAUCACUAAAUCCUUGGCCAUGCCCAGCACCAAAAGUGAAAUCCAGCAGAUAUCUGAUAAAUGGCUGCUGCACUCCGUUCUGAUGCUGAUUCAGUCCUGGAUUGAGCCUCUAGUCUACCUGCAGACCACACUGGAUCGCUACGACGACGCCCCAGAUGUGCUGCUGAACAAGACCAAGUGGGUGUCGGAGAAACUGAUCAGUCUGGAGCAGGGGGUCAUUGUCCUCAUUAAGAAGAUGCUGGAUGAGGGGAUACUGAGCAACAGCUACACCGAGCAGAGCCCCUUCCAGUACGAAGGCCCUCCAGAGAUGCUGGAGUCUGUUGUGAGGGACUACAUGUUGCUCAACUGCUUCAAGAAAGACGCCCACAAGAUGGAGAUAUUCUUGAAACUUCUUAAAUGCAGACAAACAGACAGGAAUAACUGUGCAUAA